AUGUCAGCUCAGGCUGAUGCCUCCUCUCCAGAGGUAUCGUCUCAUCCCCUCAUGGAUAUAUCUGGUGACAGGACCCCAGCUAUACUUACAGUAGCAGCAGGGACCCCAGGGUAUCCUCGACGCACAGGCAGAGCACUAACUGAAGACUUCUAUAUAGAAUGUAAAAACUAUGUGGAUCCCCAAGAUGAUAAGAUAUCACAAUACAGCUUCAGUAUCAGAGGCGUUGGACUUCAUUUUGAGAAGAUAUUAAAAUUUGGAAUUGACACGAAGGACAAAUUUGUCUUUCCACUCGGCUGCUGGGAUCUGUGGGUCAAGAUUGAGGAUGAAUGGGGGGCCUUUAUUAAAGUCAAUAUCGGCAGAUUUUGUACAUCUCUGCCAAGUAGAAGAGAAAGAAGAGAAUGGAAUAAAAGGCAAGAACUCGAACGAGCCCUUGGAGAAGGAAACCAGGCGAGAAUCAGCCAAUUGAGUAUUGCAGAAACAUCCAUAGCUAACAAGGAGCUUUCAGAUGAUCCGUGGGAAAUAACCACCACAACCCCUGCUUCUCCUCAAGAAGAUGUAAAGACCACUACCAUGGACCCUGAGCUGCAGAAGGCGAUUGAAAAGAAGAAAAAGAUAGAAUUGGACAAAAUACAAACAGAAGCUGCUAAAUUUAAAAAACGCAUGUUUAAAAACCUUGAGAGCAAUAAUGUGGAUAACUUGGAUGACUGCACACAACAAAUGUCCACUGUGUCAGCCAUUAUUGGUGACGGAGAUACAAUAGACCUGAAUGGAAGAGAUAUGGCUGUUGAUAUGCUGUGUGGGAAGUGUAUGACAAUGAUUUUGCUAAACACAUCGUUGAUUGACCCCGCAAUGGCAGAAGGCUAUGUUGGAAGUACCAUGCAAGGAAUAUCUUCUCUCAUUAAGAGCAACAGCAAAAAGGUGAUUGGGGAUAUGGUCCUUGCAAUAGAUGUACAGACAGCAACUUUAGGUGAAUAUUCAUCAGCCACUGAAGUAAAUAGUGGUGAUCAAGGGACAAUAGGUGAAGAUGAGGAACUGUCCAAAGAGAAGACUCUUGGGCUCCAAAAGGCUAAAGCAAUGGAACAUGGAGCUCAAUCUUUGAGAUCUGCUGACUUGGCAAUGAACAAGCUUCUGUCCAUAGUGUACCCUGGAGAAGAACCCGUCACAAUUGUCACUGAGGAUGGUCUUGUUAUGACGUUGGCUAUAAUGUACGGUCACACACUAAAGGGGUACGAGUUAUGGCAGGGUGGUGGAUUAUACAUACUACCAGAUCUUUGUGAUAUCUUGAAGGAAGAAAAAGUGGCACCUGGAAAUUGUUCCUCUACAGAAAAAGGCACUUCUGUUUAUGGGAUCCAAGCAAUAGCAUGGAUGAGCAUCGUUCAGUCUUAUGGUGAUGGAGCAAAAGACAAGCUCUCUCAUAAUACUAAGACUAUGCAGAUACAACUUGUAGAAAUCAGUGACACAGGGGUUGAGCUAGUCCCUGUUGAAGAUCUGGAUCCUGAGAGUGAAGUAAUCAUAUAUGUUCCUCGUUUGAAUGAUGAGGGAAAAGCAGCACAAAAGCAAAAGCAAGAAAUGCGGGACACACCUGUUACUGGGCCCAUCCGACGCGUUCUUGGAUGCAAACAACGCCGCAUUGCGUCUCCCCUCGCUGAUGCAUAUUCGUUCUAG